AAGUUUUGAGCACCCUUCCAUCUAAGGAUAUAUCGCGAAAAUAUGGAUAUCAUCAUCAAUAAUAUGUUAAUAAAUAAUACUCAAAAUAAGUUUUUGAAAAUUCUUGAAAUUAACUAUAAACCAUGGCAAGCCAAGAGCGAGGCGUUUUCAUAAUAUUCACAACAAAUAUCUUGUCAAAGGAUUUUAUUGUUAACAUAGGCAAGAAAGUUAUAUUUAGCUUGGGGCAAAUGUUUGAUAGCCAUUUUUAGCUUUAUGCAACGAAGAGCUAUGCGUUCAAGUAUGGGCCGCCUUCAAUAACAUUAGCGGACGAUCGACCUGAUAUGAUCAAAUCAAUUUAGAAAAUCCAAUAAUGUUGCAUAUGGGUUUUGAAGAAUCCUUAACUUGUAAGAAUUUUAAGCGCAAAAAAUAAAAAUUGAUUUAAUAUACGCGAGUCUAAAAAUUAUAAAGUAUUUUAUAUAUGAGUUACUACAUCUCCACAAUUGCAUAAAAGCUUAAGACAGUUCUGGUUUGAUGUUAGUAGUUCUCAUACAAUCAUUGGCGUAAUUAGAAAGAUAAAGAAAAACCUGCCGAUGCUUAUGCGGGCCGAAGUUAAAUUAAACUCAAGUCGGACUUUUAAAAAUUUUGCAAUAUUAUGUUUGUGUUCUAAAGAUUCUAAAAAAGUUUUAACUUGACAAAAAAGUUGUUUUAAUUGAAAUUUAAAUUAAAAAAAAAAAUAUAUAUAUAUAUUUAUAUACAUAUAUAUAUAUAUACAUAUAUAUAUACAUAUAAUAUCAUAAGUAAAUAACACUAAUUAACGUGUAUAAAGAAAAAAAGGUAAAAAAAAAAAAAAAUGGGUAAACUAUUGAGUUUAUUGGCACGUGAUGAUUCCAACUGUUGCACAGCGAAGUCUUACGAUGUCUUUUUGGAUUUUGAAAAUGCAGCACCCACAGAAAUCGAACGUGAAGUUUACGAAGAGGUAGAGCGUGUUUUGAAAGAGUCUGAAGCGGUUUUAGAAGAGAUACAAGUAUAUAAGGGGGCUGGUAAAGAAAUACGUGAAGCUAUUGCCGAUCCCUCACCGCAGUGUCAAGAAAAAGCUUGGGCUGCCGUCCUGCCGUUGGUGAUUAAAUUGAAACGUUGCUAUGAGCAUUCACUGGAACUAGAGAAAAUUGUACCGAAAUUGCUGGGCCAGCUAGUUGGUGGCAAACUAAAUCCCACGCAACAUUUAGAAACUCAACAGGCGCUGGUUAAACAAUUGGCCGAGAUUCUAGAAUUUGUUUUAAAAUUCGAUGAACAUAAGAUGAAAACACCUGCGAUACAAAAUGAUUUUAGCUACUAUAGACGUAUAGUGAGUCGACAGCGCAUCGACUCAACAAACAAUAUGCUGGUCAGCACAGAGCUGGCAAAUCGUAUGUCGCUGUUUUAUGCUCAUGCAACACCAAUGUUAAAAGUUUUAAGUGAAGCUACCUCCAAAUUUGUGCACGAUAAUGCUGAUGAUGUUGAAAAUACAACAGAAACUCUGGGCACUAUGGCUAAAGUGUGUCUAAGAAUGUUGGAAAAUCCUAAAUUAUUGCAACAAAUUGAACGUGAAGAAACCCACCUAUUAGUACUAAGAGUUAUGGUCGGUCUUGUUAUACUCUAUGAUCAUGUGCAUCCUGUUGGGGCUUUCGCUCGCGGAGCACACGUCGAUGUUAAAGGAUGCGUACGUCUAUUGCAAGCUCAGCCUGCCAUUAAAGCGGAACCACUACUGAAUGCAUUACGCUAUACAACGAAGCAUUUGAAUGAGGAGAAUACGCCUAAGAAUAUACGAAACCUAUUGGCAGCAUAAUAUCUGGCAUAUACCAAAUGGAAAAGAGAUGAACAAGUAAUGAUGAAAAGGAUGCAUGUGGAUAAUUCUCUGUGGAUAUAGCGGCCACUUAGUAAAGCAAAAAUAUUUCAUUUUUUAUUUUCCAAUUUAACGUAAAUCCAAGUACCGCCAGCAAAUGUGUAUUUCGUUUCACUUAAGAGUUUUUUUUUUUCAUUUUCCUCUCUUUAGGAGAUUGAUUAACUUUUUUAAAAUGCAAAGAUUUUUCUUUUU